CCGAGGUUCCUCGGGCAGGAGAAAGGGGACCGGGCUGCGCGGGCUGCGCGCUUGGAAGAUGCUUGGGAACGCACUGCACGGGCCCUUCUCGCGGCCCUUCCCUCCCGCUAAUACCACGCAUGUGUGCGCUCGGGCUGGGGCAGGCCGCCGUUUCUAUGGUUACCGAGCCCUCUCUCACCCACGCUGCUCUCGGUGGUCCCGGAGGAUAGAUCCGUUUUCGGAACGGUCUCCUCCGCUCCCGCCUUAGGCCGCGUCCGCAUUGUAGGGGGAGAGGUCUCCCCGAAAGAGGAAGGGGGAGGAGGCGGAUCCCCCCACCUGGAGCCUGCAAGGUUAUAUUUGCAUGAGUGGGCGGGGCGGCCCCAGAGGAAGGCUGUGAUUGGGGGGUGGUAAGUGUGACUCCUCCCCCGCCUGGGCCCGCCCCUCUGCUCCUGCCUGGUGGGAGGGGCGAGGAGUUGGAGCGCGGUCCCGGGAGAGGCUUCCCCCGGCGAUAAAGAAGCCCCUGUCGCGUGGAGCGCGAAUUUAGGGGUAAAUGGGGAAACUGAGGCCCGUGGAGAGGGCAAAGGCCAAAGCAGGCUCCUGGGCUGCUUUUUCCUGUCCGCAGCCACCUGCAGGUCCAUUAGGAGCAUCUCCAACUCUUCUCCCUGGCCCUGACCUGCGAAGGAAAAGUCUUGGAUGGGCCUUUGAUAAGCGUUUGCUGAUUGAUCAAUACAGGGAAGAACUUGAGGGAUGUGGGAGCUGAUGGUCCCCACGGUGGGGUUCAGUCAGUCACAGAUCUGGAGCUACAAAGGAGCUCGGAGGCCAACUCCCCCAUUGCACAGAUGAGCAAACUGAGCCAAACUAGGUCUGCUUGGAAGUCACAGGGCUCUUCCUGACUCCGGCCGGGAGUGGGUACCCAAGGGACUCCAAGUGUGGAACCGGACGCGGCUGUUUGCCAGCGUCUGGAAAUGCUCAUGUCUGCUCCAAGGAAACCGCUGCUGGAAUGCUAAAGGGUGACAGUUAGGGCUCUGCUUGGGCCCACUAAAAAGGUCCCAUAAAGGUUCUUUGUGCCGGGCCGGCUCCCUGGGAGAGGAGGGGAAGGAUGUUGCAGAACCUGGGGACCGAAGGGUUAAAGAGGAGGUGCCCAGUGGUCAGAAGCCGUCCUGCAGGGGCCGGGCGUGCCUCUGGGCAGUGUCCGAUGGCAGAGAGCCCCCGUGCAGCCUCCCAGUGCGGGACAGAACGGGUGAAUUCCGGAGCCCUCAGUCUCUGCUCCAGCUCCAUCCUUUCCCAGGGUCCCGAGGGUCCCCAGAGCAGUGCGACGACCUUUCCCAAGGUCACAGGGAGCUGGAGAAGCAGGGAGGGAGGCAAGGGCCCUCUCCCUCUGUCUCCUUGGGCCGGAGCCCUAUCUGAGGAGGAAGUGCUCUCUCCUCCCCAUUGUGGCUCUGCCCAAGUCCCACCCUGGCGGCUGAGAGCUGAAGGAUAGCUUGGCGAGCCAAGGGGGCACCUCGGCUGGCACGGGCCGCCCUAGCCCAGACCCUCCCUGCCCCCUGACACACACUGUGUAGAGGGAGAGCUGCCCGGGCCGGAGAUGGGGGCCGCCCAGGUGCUCUGGGGGGCCCUGGCCUUGCUGCGGAUCGCCUGGUGUCUUCUCCCCCAGACAGGCUACCUGCAUCCCGAUGAAUUCUUCCAGUCGCCCGAAGUCAUGGCAGAGGACGUGCUGGGCCUGGAGGCGUACCGGCCCUGGGAGUUCCUGCCGGGCGCCCCUUGCCGGAGCGUGCUCUUCCCGCUGCUGACGGCCGGCUCGGUCUUCUGGCUGCUGGGCCUGUGGCCGGGCGCCGUCAGCGGCUACAGCCUCCUGGUGGGGCCGCGCCUGGCCUUCACGGCGCUCUCCUUCGGCCUGGACUGGGCCGCGUUCCGGGCGGCGGCGCGCUGGGGGGCCGAGCCCUGGCGCGCGCUGCUGCUGCUGGCCGGCUCCCACGUGGCCCUGGUCUUCCACACGCGGACCCUGGCCAACGCCGUGGAGGGCGUCCUCUUCUCGUGGCUGCUGCUGCUGGCGGCCCCGGGCGCGCGGGGCGGCGGCCGGCUCCUGGGCGCGCUGCUGGCCGCGGGCUUCUUCAACCGGCCCACCUUCCUGGCCUUCGCGCUGCCGCCGCUGCUCCUCUGGGCCGGGGGCGGCGCGGGCGGGCGGCCUCUGAGCGCCAAGGCGCUGGGCCGGGGCGCGCGGGAGCUGCUGCCCGGGGCCGCGCUGGCGGCCGGAGUCUUCGUGGCCGCCGACUCGUGGUACUACUCGUGGCGCCUGGGGCUGGGCCCCGGGCCGGUGCUGACGCCCGCCCACUUCCUCGCCUACAACCUGGACCCCCGGAACCUGGCGCGGCACGGCACGCACCCCCGCCUCACGCACCUGGCCGUCAACGGGCUCCUGCUCUUCGGGCCGCUGCACGUCCGGGCCGUGACGGGCGCGUGGGGGGUGCUGAAGGAGAGCUUGGGCUCGCUGGCUCAGCUCCGGGCGGGCUGGGCGCGGGCCGCCGGCGGCCUCCUGGACACGAGGACCGUGCUCCUGCUCUUCUACUUCGUCCCGCUGGGCCUGCUCUCCCUCUUCAGCCACCAGGAGCCUCGGUUCCUGGUGCCCCUCCUGACGCCCCUCACCCUGCUCAGCAGCCAGAAGGGCCGCGGCCUGGGCCCGUGGAGAGCCGCCGCCGUCAUUCUCUUCAAUGGCCUCGGGGCCCUGUUCUUCGGCUGCCUGCAUCAGGGCGGCCUGGUCCCUUGCCUGGCCCACCUGGAGCGGAGCAUCCACUCCCCGGGGCCCGAGGGGCAGCCCUCCCACUACACCCUGCUCUUCAGCCACACCUACAUGCCGCCCCGCUACCUCCUCCGCCUGCACGGGCAAGAGCCGCCCGUGGAGGUCAUCGACCUGGGCGGGGCCGAGAGCGGGACCCUGUGCCGGACCCUGGAGCAGCUCAGCAGCCAGCCCAUCUGCAAGAGCGCGGGGGGCGAUCGGAUCUGCCGGAUCUUCGUGGUGACCCCCGGGACGGCCCGGGAGGCUGUGGCCCGCUGCCCCUUCUCCCUGAAGAACGAGACUCGGGUGCUCCCCCACUUGACUCUGGAGGACCCUCCCAGGCUCUCGGCUCUGCUGAGCAGCCGUUGGAAGGACUCCCUGAGCCUCUACAUCCUGGAGGUGGGGGAGCAGAAGGAGCUGUGACCCUUCCAGAAAGGGGGCUCUUGCCCUCCUCCCCUACCCCGUCCAAGUUCCAUCACCUAAUAAAUAAGACUGGCGGAGU